AUGGCUUCACAAAAGAUUGCCAACGCCCUUGCGGCUAUUGAAACCAAUACACACCAAAGUACAAAACUCCAACAAUACAAUGAACUCCUCGAUAACAUGGUCGCAACCUCCGACGGCCACGAACUCGCUCAAGACCUAGUCUACUACCUCGACUCAAUCCUCAGCGAAGACGUCAGCAUCGUUUCAGCCCGCCCACUUCUAGACUCCUUCAUCAAGGUCCUCCAAACACUCUCACCAGAAACAAAAAUCAAAGUCGGCCAACAUGCCGUCACCCUCCUCCUAACCCGCUCCGCCUCAGUCGAAGAACAAGAUUCGCAGAUCCGCGAGAUCCUCGCUGAUGCAUACGAGUCUCAAGAAGAAUACACAGCUGCCGCCCGUGCAUUGCAGGGUAUUCAUAUCGAUAGCUCGCAGCGCCUUGUCUCGGAUGAUGCCAAGACCCGUCUUUGGAUUCGCAUUGUUCGCUAUUACCUCGAAGACGACGAUACGACCAGUGCCGAAGCCUUCUUGAAUCGAAUUAAGAACCUGCCUUCUAAAAUUGAGGACCACGAUUCCCUGCUAUACUUCCAGCUUUCUCAGGCGAGGAUUCUGGACGCUAGACGUCGCUUUCUGGACGCCGCGCAGCAAUACUUUAAGGUUAGUCUUGCGCCAGGUGUGGACGAGGGUGAUAGGCUGGUGGCAUUGUCGGCUGCUAUUCGGUGUGCGGUGCUUGCACCGGCUGGACCUCAGCGGUCGCGGUCUCUUGCUUUGCUGUACAAAGAUGAGCGGGCGCCUUCGGUGGAGGAAUUCGGUAUUUUGGAGAAGAUGUUCUUGGACAGACUUCUGACGCCAGAUGAAGUCGCCGCGUUCGCCAGCAAACUUGCGCCGCAUCAGCUGGCUCUUACGUCUGACGGUACCACUGUUCUUGAUAAGGCGGUCAUUGAGCACAAUCUACUUGCUACGAGCAAGCUGUACGAAAACAUCCGGGUUGAUGAUCUUGGUGUCAUUCUGGGUCUUCAGUCUUCGAGUACUUUGUCAGCUGGGGAGAAGGCGGAGGCCUAUGCGGCACGGAUGGUUGAACAGGGUCGACUGAAGGGCCAGAUCGAUCAAAUCGACGGCAUCAUCACUUUUGAUGCCGAGGGGGCUGGCAGUUCUUAUGUUUCUGGUGGGAGUAAAUUGAGACAAUGGGAUGUGGGUGUACAGGCGCUUGCAGAAGGUGUGGAGCGUGUUGCAGCUAGGAUUUCUGAUCGUUUCCCGGAGCUCGCUGCCAAGCACAUGGUGAAUUGA